AGAAAGUUGUGGAGUCGCCUUUCCUCGGAGGAGGAAGCCGGCCGCCGCACCCGGCCGCGGGCUUUCUCCCGCGGAGGGACGAGGAGGAGCCUCCCGCCACAGAAGCCGAUUGGGGAAUGACGGGGAGCUGUUCCCCCCUUCUUCUGGGUCAUUUCUGCAGACGGAAAACUCUCUAGUGCUUGGCAAACUUGGUGCCUUGGUGCCUGCCUGUGCGCCUGCUCCAGGUUUGCACUUGGAUUUUUUGCUUUUGUUUUUGGCGGAACUACGGGGCAGCAAGAUUGCACAAGUCCGAGCGUUUUUAAUCGGGUGUCAAAAAAAUAUUUUUUCUUUCGGAUCUAGUCUGGUUAUCCACACUUCAUUAAAAAAAAUUGCACCACAAAACUCUCCACUCGCACCACUCCAGCGACUCCUACCACCCAAACACAUCCAAAGGCGCCGUUCCCCGGCCGGGACGCAGCGGCGACAAGCAGCUAGGCGGCCCUAAGGGCACGGAGCAGGUAUUGAUGUCAAGCAGGACCAUUAUAGAAAAUUAAAAGUCUUAAAAAGAAGACCUGAUAAAGUCGUUGGAUUGCGUUGAAGCUCAGUGAAGAUGGCCAAAUAUGGAGAACAUGAGGCCCAGCCUGACGAUGUGCAGAAUGAGUUCAGUGACAUCAUUAAGUCCAGAUCUGAUGAACACAAUGACGUACAGAAGAAGACCUUUACCAAAUGGAUAAAUGCUCGAUUUUCGAAGAGUGGAAAGCCGCCUAUCAGUGAUAUGUUCACAGACCUCAAAGAUGGAAGGAAGCUAUUGGAUCUUCUAGAAGGCCUCACAGGAACAUCACUGCCAAAGGAACGUGGCUCCACAAGGGUGCAUGCUUUAAAUAAUGUCAACAGAGUGCUGCAGGUUUUACAUCAGAACAAUGUGGAUUUAGUAAAUAUAGGAGGAACUGACAUCGUAGAUGGAAAUCACAAACUGACUUUGGGAUUACUUUGGAGCAUCAUUUUACACUGGCAGGUAAAAGAUGUCAUGAAGGAUAUCAUGUCAGACCUGCAGCAGACAAACAGUGAGAAGAUCCUGCUGAGCUGGGUGCGCCAGUCCACCAGGCCAUAUGGUCAGGUCAACGUCCUUAAUUUCACCACAAGCUGGACAGACGGACUCGCCUUUAAUGCUGUGCUCCACCGACACAAACCUGACCUCUUCAGCUGGGAUAGAGUUGUUAAAAUGUCCCCAACUCAGAGACUUGAACAUGCCUUCAGCAAGGCUCAGACUUAUUUGGGAAUUGAAAAGCUGUUAGAUCCUGAAGAUGUUGCUGUUCAGCUUCCUGACAAGAAAUCCAUAAUUAUGUAUUUAACAUCUUUGUUUGAGGUGCUACCUCAGCAAGUUACUAUAGAUGAUAUUCGUGAAGUAGAAACACUUCCAAGGAAAUACAAGAAAGAAUGUGAAGAAGGAGAAAUUAAUAUUCAAAGCACAGUGCCGGAGGAGGAGCGUGAGAGUCCCCGAGCUGAAACCCCCAGCACUGUCACCGAGGUCGACGUGGAUCUGGACAGCUAUCAGAUAGCACUGGAGGAAGUGCUGACCUGGUUACUCUCUGCUGAGGACACCUUCCAGGAGCAAGACGACAUUUCUGAUAAUGUUGAAGAAGUCAAAGACCAGUUUGCAAUCCAUGAAGCGUUUAUGAUGGAGCUGACUGCACACCAGAGCAGUGUGGGGAGUGUCCUGCAGGCGGGAAACCAGCUGAUCACACAAGGAACUCUGACAGAUGAAGAGGAGUUUGAGAUUCAGGAGCAAAUGACCCUGCUGAAUGCGAGAUGGGAGGCGCUCAGGGUGGAGAGUAUGGAAAGACAGUCUCGGCUGCAUGAUGUGCUGAUGGAACUGCAGAAGAGGCAGCUGCAGCAGCUCUCGGCUUGGUUAACACUCACAGAAGAACGCAUUCAGAAGAUGGAAGCCUGCCCCCUGGAUGAUGACUUACAGUCCAUACAGAAGCUGCUAGAAGAACAUAAAAGUUUGCAAAAUGAUCUUGAGACUGAACAGGUAAAAGUAAAUUCAUUAACUCACAUGGUGGUAAUUGUUGAUGAAAACAGUGGUGAGAAUGCUACAGCUAUUCUAGAAGAUCAGUUACAGAAACUUGGUGAGCGUUGGACAGCAGUAUGCCGUUGGACUGAAGAACGUUGGAAUAGGUUACGAGAAAUCAAUAUAUUGUGGCAAGAAUUAUUGGAAGAACAGUGCUUGUUGAAAGCUUGGCUAACUGAAAAAGAAGAGGCUUUAAAUAAAGUCCAGACAAGUAACUUCAAAGACCAAAAGGAGCUAAGUGUCAGUAUUCGACGACUGGCUAUUUUGAAGGAAGACAUGGAAAUGAAGCGUCAAGCACUGGAUCAGUUGAGUGAGAUUGGCCAGGAUGUGGGUCAAUUACUUGAUAAUACCAAGGCAUCUAAGAAGAUCAACAGUGAUUCAGAGGAACUGACUCAGAGAUGGGAUUCUCUGGUUCAGAGACUAGAAGAUUCCUCCAACCAGGUGACUCAAGUUGUAGCAAAGCUGGGGAUGUCCCAAAUUCCUCAGAAGGAUCUUUUAGAGACUGUUCGCAUAAGAGAACAAGUAACUACAAAAAAGUCUAAGCAAGAGCUGCCUCCUCCUCCUCCCCCGAAGAAGAGACAGAUCCAUGUGGAUAUAGAAGCUAAGAAAAAGUUUGAUGCUGUAAGUGCGGAACUGUUGAACUGGAUUUUGAAAUCAAAGACUGCCAUUCAGACGACAGAGAUGAAAGAGUAUAAGAAGAUGCAGGAGACUUCAGAACUGAAAAAGAAGCUGAAGGAAUUAGAAAAAGAACAGGCAGAAAGAAGCCCCAAACUGGAUGAAUUAAGCCAAACUGGACAAAUCCUUUUGGAGCAAAUGAGAAAAGGAGGUCUUCCUGCUGAAGAAAUAAAAAAUACUCUGGAGAAGGUUUUAUCAGAAUGGAAGAGGCAGUCUCAGCAUUUGGAAGAUCUGGCAAGAAAGAUUCAGCUCCAGGAAGAAAUAAACUCUUAUUUUAAGCAGCUUGAUGAGCUUGAAAAGACCAUAAAAAAAAAAGAAGAGUGGGUAAAACACACUCCCUUUUCAGAACCUCCCCAGCAGUCCUUGCCAAGUUUGAAAGACUCAUGUCAGCGGGAAUUAACAAACCUCCUCGGCCUCCACCCUAAAAUUGAAAUGCUGCUAGCGAGCUGCUUGGCCCUGAAAUCUCAGCUUUCUGCUCCAGAUUUUGUCCAGAAGAGCCUAGAUAGCUUUCUGGGUCGCUACCAAGCUUUGCAACGGGAUUUAGAGGAUCGUCAGCAGCAGCUAGAGAAUGAACUGAAGAGCCAGCCUGGACGUGAAUAUUUGGAAACAAUGAAAACACUGAAGGAUACACUAAACGAUUCAGAAAAUAAGGCCCAGGCUUCUCUGAGUGUCUUGAAUGAUCUUGCAAAGGUGGAGAAGACCCUGCAAGAAAAAAAGGCCCUUGAUGAAAUUCUUGAGAGUCAAAAACCUACAUUAUAUAAACUUGCAGAGGAAACGAAGGCUUUGGAGAAAAAUGCUCCUCCUGAUGUAGAAAAUACAUAUAGGCAGGAAUUUGAUGCCGUUGAAGGAAAGUGGAACAAGCUGAAGGCCAAGGUUUCCAAAGAUCUGUAUUUGCUUGAAGAGAUUACACCCAAACUCAGGACUUUUGAGACUGAUUCAGAAGCCAUUGCGAAGUGGAUGGAUGGUGUGAAAGACUUCUUAAAGAAAGAGCGGGCUGCCCAAGGAGACGCGGAUGGGCUGCAGAGGCAGCUUGACCAAUGCUCUGCAUUUGUUAAUGAAAUAGAAGCAGUUGAAUCAUCUCUGAAAGACAUGAAAGAAAUAGAGGCUAACCUUCGAAGCUGUCCGGUUGCUGGAAUCAAAACCUGGGUGCAGACAAAACUCUCUGAGUACCAAACCCAGUUGGAGAAAUUUAGCAAGGAGAUUGCUAUUCAAAAAAACAGACUGUCUGAAAGCCAGGAAAAAGCAGUGAACCUGAAGAAAGACUUGGCAGAGAUGCAGGAAUGGAUGGCCCAAGCUGAGGAAGAAUACCUCGAGAGGGACUUUGAAUACAAGUCACCAGAAGAACUGGAGAGUGCUGUGGAAGAGAUGAAGAGGGCGAAAGAGGAUGUGUUGCAGAAGGAGGUGAGAGUGAAGAUUCUCAAGGACAACAUCAAGUUAUUAGCUACAAAAGUGCCCUCUGGUGGCCAGGAAUUGACGUCUGAGCUGAACGUUGUGCUGGAGAAUUACCAACUUCUUUGUAACAGAAUUCGAGGAAAGUGCCACACGCUAGAGGAGGUAUGGUCUUGUUGGAUUGAACUGCUUCAUUAUUUGGACCUGGAGACCAGCUGGUUAAACGCUUUGGAAGAGCGGAUGAAGAGCACAGAAGUUCUACCUGAGAAAGCAGAGGCUGUCAGUGAAGCCCUUGAGUCUCUGGAAUCCGUUUUGCGCCAUCCAGCAGAUAACCGCACCCAGAUUCGAGAACUUGGCCAGACUCUGAUUGAUGGAGGAAUUCUUGAUGACAUAAUCAGUGAGAAACUGGAGGCAUUUAAUAGCCGAUACGAAGAACUGAGCCACCUGGCAGAGAACAAGCAGAUUUCCUUGGAAAAGCAACUGCAGGUCCUGCGGGAAACUGACCACAUGCUUCAAGUCUUGCAGGAGAGCUUAGCAGAGCUGGAUAAGCAGCUCACCACAUACUUGACCGAUAGGAUAGAUGCCUUCCAAGUUCCACAGGAAGCACAGAAAAUCCAAGCAGAGAUAUCAGCCCACGAGCUAACUCUAGAAGAGUUGAGAAGAAACAUGCGUCCUCAGCCCUCGACCUCCCCAGAUGGCAGGACUACAAGAGGAGGCUCUCAGAUGGAUGUGCUACAGAGAAAACUUCGAGAGGUAUCCACAAAAUUCCAGCUCUUCCAGAAGCCUGCUAACUUUGAGCAGCGCAUGCUUGACUGCAAGCGAGUGCUGGAUGGGGUGAAAGCAGAACUGCACGUUCUGGACGUGAAGGAUGUGGACCCCGAUGUCAUACAGACCCACCUGGACAAGUGCAUGAAACUCUAUAAAACUUUGAGUGAAGUCAAGCUUGAAGUGGAGACAGUGAUCAAAACAGGAAGGCACAUUGUCCAGAAGCAACAAACUGAUAAUCCCAAAGGGAUGGAUGAGCAACUGACUUCUCUGAAGGUUCUCUACAAUGACUUGGGUGCCCAGGUUACAGAGGGUAAACAAGAUCUGGAAAGAGCAUCACAGUUGGCCCGGAAGAUGAAGAAAGAGUCUGCUUCUCUCUCUGACUGGCUUUCUGUUACAGAAGCUGAGCUGGUACAGAAAUCCACUUCAGAAGGUUUGCUUUGUGACUUGGAUACAGAAAUUUCCUGGGCUAAAAAUGUCCUGAAGGAUCUGGAAAAGAAAAAAGCUGAUUUAAAUACCAUCACAGAGAGCAGUGCCGCCCUCCAGAACUUGAUAGAGGGCAGUGAGACUAUUUUAGAAGAGAAACUCUGUGUGCUCAACGCUGGGUGGAGCCGCGUUCGCACCUGGACUGAGGAUUGGUGCAAUACCUUAAUGAACCAUCAGAACCAGCUGGAAAUAUUUGAUGGAAAUGUUGCUCACAUAAGUACCUGGCUUUAUCAAGCUGAAGCUCUGUUGGACGAGAUUGAAAAAAAACCAGCAAGUAAACGGGAAGAAAUUGUGAAGCGGUUAAUAUCUGAGGUGGAUGAUGCUAAUCUCCAAGUUGAAAACGUCCGCGACCAAGCCAUUAUUUUGAUGAAUGCCCGUGGAGGCUCAAGCAGAGAGCUCGUAGAACCAAAAUUAGCUGAACUGAAUAGAAACUUUGAAAAGGUGUCUCAACAUAUCAAAAGUGCAAAAUUGCUAAUUGACCAGGAACCAUUAUCAUAUCAAUACUUGGUGGGCACAGAGGCAUUUGAAGCUGGUCCACCUUCCUCUGACUUGGACAGAUUAGAAAGUGACAUACAGAAUAUGUUAAAUAUUGUGGAGAAACACUUGGAAUCCAGUGAUGGAGAUGAAAAGCUGGAUGAGGAGAGAGCCCAGAUUGAGGAAGUUCUUCAAAGAGGAGAACAAAUGUUACAUCAACCAAUGGAGGAUAGUACAAAAGAAAAGAUCCGUUUGCAGUUAAUACUUCUGCGCACAAGAUACAACAAAGUUAAGGCAAUCCCUACUCAACAGAGAAAAACAGCUCAACUCGCUUCUAGAGUUAGAUCCUUGCCUCUCCCCACUGAUUACCUUGUUGAAAUUAACAAAGUUUUACACACCAUGGAUGAUAUUGAAUUGUCACUUAAUACUCCAGAGCUGAACACUGCUGUCUAUGAAGACUUCUCUUUUCAGGAAGAUUCUCUGAAGAAUAUCAAAGACCAACUGGACAAACUUGGAGAGCAGAUUGCAGUCAUUCAUGAGAAGCAACCAGAUGUUAUGCUUGAAGCUUCUGGACCUGAAGCUGUUCAGAUCGGGGAUGCACUUACUCAAUUGAAUGCAAAAUGGGACGGAGUUAAUAGAAUAUACAAUGAUUGUAAAGGUUAUUCAGAUAGGGCUUUGGAAGAAUGGAGACAGUUCAACUGUGACCUUAAUGACCUCACACAGUGGAUAACGGAAGUCAAGCAGUUGCUGGUUGAUACCUGUGCUCCAGAUGGCAGCCUGGAUUUGGAGAAAGCCAGGAUACAUCAGCAGGAACUCGAAGAAGGCAUCAGUAGCCACCAGCCUAGUUUUGCAGCCCUAAACGGAACUGGAGACAGCAUUGUACAGAAACUCUCCUCCACAAGUGGAAGCUUCUUGAAAGACAAGCUGGCAGGUCUAAACCAACGCUGGAGUGCAGUGACCGCAGAAGUGAAGGCUAGGCAGCCAAGGCUAAAAGAAGAACGUAAGCAGGUGAUGGAAUAUAGGAAAAGGCUAGAUGAGAUUAUCUGCUGGAUAACAAAGGCCGAGAAUGCUGUACAAAAGACAUCAACCACCGAGCUGGAAGAAAACCUGCGAGAACUAACAGAUUUAACCCAGGAGAUGGAAGUACAAGCUGAUAAACUCAAAUGGCUGAACAGAACUGAAUUGGAAAUGCUUUCAGAUAAGAGUCUGAGCUUACAGGAGAGAGAGAAAAUUUCAGAAAGCUUAAGAACUGUAAAUACAACAUGGAAUAAGGUAUACAGAGAACUGCCCAUUGCAUUAAAGGAACGCAUCCAGGAACCCAGUCCUGUUUCACCGACAAGGACUGCUGCUCCUCCUAGUGUCCAAAAGGUGGUGCUAGUAUCAUCUACGCCAGAUAUUCCUGUUCAGUCUCAUCGGACUUCAGAAAUUUCAAUUCCUGCUGAUCUGGAUAAAACUAUAACAGAACUAGCUGACUGGCUGGUAUUGAUUGACCAGAUGCUGAAGUCCAACAUUGUCACUGUCGGGGAUAUAGAAGAGAUCAAUAAGACAGUUUCCAGAAUGAAAAUCACAAAAGCUGACUUGGAACAGCGCCGUCCUCAACUGGAUUAUGUUUUUACAUUGGCACAGAAUUUGAAAAAUAAAGCUUCCAGUUCUGAUGUGAGAACAGCCAUCACAGAAAAAUUGGAAAAGGUCCAGAGCCAGUGGGACAGCACUCAGCAUGGCGUGCAGUCCCGGCAGCAGCAACUGGAGGACAUGAUCAUGGAUAGUCUGCAGUGGGAUGACCACCGGGAAGAGAUGGAGGAGCUUAUGAGGAAGUAUGAGGCUCAGCUCUAUAUUCUUCAGCAAGCCCGCAGGGAUCCACUUAUCAAACAGAUUUCUGAUAACCAGAUAUUGCUUCAGGAACUGGGCCUGGGUGAUGGUAUCGUAAUGGCUUUCGACAAUGUCCUGCAGAAACUGCUGGAGGAAUAUGGCAAUGAUGACACAAGGAAUGUGAAGGAAACCACUGAGUACUUAAAAUCAUCAUGGAUCAAUCUAAAACAAAGCAUUGCUGACAGACAAAGUGCCCUGGAGGCUGAGCUGAGGACAGUGCAGGCCUCGCGAAGGGACCUGGAGAACUUCCUCAAGUGGAUACAAGAAGGAGAAACCACAGUUAAUGUGCUUGAGGAUGCCUCUCAGCGGGAGAAUGCUCUUCAGGACAGUACCAUGGCCAGGGAGCUCAAACAGCAGAUGCAGGACAUACAGGCGGAAAUUGAUGCCCAUAAUGACAUAUUUAAAAGCAUUGAUGGAAACAGGCAGAAGAUGGUAAAAGCUCUGGGAAAUUCCGAAGAAGCUACUAUGCUUCAACAUCGACUAGAUGAUAUGAACCAAAGAUGGAAUGACUUGAAAGCAAAAUCUGCUAGCAUCAGGGCCCAUUUGGAGGCCAGUGCUGAGAAGUGGAACAGGCUGCUGACAUCUUUAGAAGAACUUAUCAAAUGGCUGAAUAUGAAAGAUGAAGAGCUUAAGAAGCAAAUGCCAAUAGGAGGGGAUGUUCCAGCCUUACAGCUCCAAUAUGACCAUUGUAAAGCACUGAGGCGAGAAUUAAAGGAGAAAGAGUAUUCUGUCCUGAAUGCUAUAGACCAGGCUCGGGUGUUCCUUGCUGAUCAGCCAAUUGAAGCCCCCGAAGAACCAAGAAGAAACUUACAAACAAAAACAGAAUUGACCCCUGAGGAGAGAGCCCAAAAGAUUGCCAAAGCCAUGCGCAAACAGUCUUCUGAAGUCAAAGAGAAGUGGGAAAGUCUAAAUGCUGUUACUAGCAAUUGGCAAAAGCAAGUAGACAAGGCGUUGGAGAAGCUACGAGAUCUGCAAGGUGCUAUGGACGACCUGGAUGCAGACAUGAAGGAGGUGGAGGCAGUACGGAACGGCUGGAAGCCCGUGGGAGACUUACUCAUCGAUUCACUGCAGGAUCACAUUGAAAAAACCAUGGCAUUUAGAGAAGAAAUUGCACCAAUCAACUUAAAAGUUAAGACAGUGAAUGAUUUGUCCAGUCAGCUGUCUCCACUUGACCUGCACCCAUCUCUAAAGAUGUCUCGCCAGCUGGAUGACCUUAAUAUGCGAUGGAAACUUUUACAGGUGGCUGUGGAUGAUCGCCUUAAACAGCUUCAGGAAGCCCAUCGAGAUUUUGGACCGUCCUCUCAGCAUUUUCUGUCUACUUCAGUCCAGCUGCCGUGGCAAAGAUCCAUUUCACAUAAUAAAGUGCCCUAUUACAUCAACCAUCAAACACAAACAACCUGUUGGGAUCAUCCAAAAAUGACUGAACUCUUUCAGUCCCUUGCUGACCUGAAUAAUGUACGUUUCUCUGCAUACCGUACAGCCAUCAAAAUCCGAAGACUGCAAAAAGCACUAUGUUUGGAUCUCUUAGAGUUGAAUACAACAAAUGAAGUUUUCAAACAGCACAAGCUAAACCAAAAUGAUCAGCUCCUCAGCGUUCCAGAUGUCAUCAACUGUCUGACAACAACUUACGAUGGACUUGAACAAAUACAUAAGGACCUGGUCAAUGUUCCCCUCUGUGUGGAUAUGUGUCUCAACUGGCUCCUGAACGUAUAUGACACGGGCCGAACAGGAAAAAUAAGAGUGCAGAGUCUGAAGAUUGGAUUGAUAUCUCUUUCCAAAGGUCUCUUAGAAGAAAAAUACAGAUAUCUCUUUAAGGAAGUGGCGGGUCCGACAGAAAUGUGUGACCAGAGGCAGCUGGGCCUGUUACUUCAUGAUGCCAUCCAGAUCCCUCGGCAGCUGGGGGAAGUAGCGGCUUUUGGAGGCAGUAAUAUUGAACCCAGUGUCCGCAGCUGCUUCCAACAGAAUAACAACAAGCCAGAGAUAAGUGUGAAAGAGUUUAUAGACUGGAUGCGUCUGGAACCACAGUCCAUGGUUUGGCUGCCAGUUUUACAUCGAGUGGCAGCAGCUGAGACUGCAAAACAUCAGGCCAAAUGCAACAUCUGUAAAGAAUGUCCAAUUGUUGGAUUCCGAUAUAGAAGCCUAAAGCAUUUUAACUAUGAUGUCUGCCAGAGUUGCUUUUUUUCUGGUCGAACAGCAAAAGGUCACAAGUUGCAUUACCCAAUGGUGGAAUAUUGUAUACCUACAACAUCUGGGGAAGAUGUACGAGACUUCACAAAGGUGUUGAAGAACAAGUUCAGGUCAAAGAAAUACUUUGCCAAACACCCCCGGCUUGGCUACCUACCAGUUCAGACAGUUCUUGAAGGUGACAACUUAGAGACUCCUAUCACUCUCAUCAGUAUGUGGCCAGAGCACUACGACCCCUCUCAGUCUCCUCAGCUGUUUCAUGAUGAUACUCAUUCAAGAAUAGAGCAGUACGCCACCCGUCUGGCCCAGAUGGAAAGGACCAAUGGAUCUUUCCUCACUGAUAGUAGCUCUACCACAGGAAGUGUGGAGGAUGAGCAUGCCCUCAUCCAGCAGUACUGUCAGACGCUCGGAGGAGAGUCCCCCAUGAGCCAGCCUCAGAGCCCUGCGCAGAUCCUGAAGUCGGUAGAAAGGGAAGAACGAGGAGAACUGGAGCGGAUCAUUGCUGACUUGGAGGAAGAACAAAGGAAUCUGCAGGUGGAAUAUGAACAGCUGAAGGAGCAGCACCUUAAAAGAGGGCUCCCUGUCAGUUCACCCCCAGACUCUGUUGUAUCUCCCCAUCACACGUCUGAGGAUUCAGAACUCAUAGCAGAAGCAAAGCUCCUCCGGCAGCACAAAGGUCGGCUGGAGGCGAGGAUGCAGAUUUUAGAAGAUCACAACAAACAGCUGGAGUCUCAGCUCCACCGACUUCGACAGCUGCUGGAGCAGCCUGAAUCUGAUCCCCGAAUCAAUGGCGUCUCCCCCUGGGCUUCCCCUCAGCAUUCUGCACUGAGCUACUCGCUUGAUCCGGAUCCUGGCCCACAGUUCCAGCAGGCAGCGGCUGAGGACUUGUUGGCGCCACCUCAUGAAACCAGCACAGACCUCACUGAGGUCAUGGAGCAGAUCAACAGUACAUUUCCAUCUUGCUGUACAAAUCUCCCCAGCAGGCCACAGGUAAGACUGAAUGAGUUGACUGACUCGAAUGUUGCUGAUCAUAACCUUGACUAAACAGAUUAGCUACCAUUGAUUUUACAGCUGCUUUAUUCUCCACAUCAAUAAAAAAACCGCCUUGACAUUAAAAUGCUAGUUGAUUCAGUACAAGUUUCUCAGUCUAGGGAGGGGUCCUUUCAAAGCCAGUUCUUCCAGAUGCCAAAAAUACCAUGUACUUGAUCCUUUGUGUUUUAACAUCUUUUUAAUGGCAUUAUAUAUGCUGUGCAUGGGAUCAAACAUACCAAAGACCACAAACAUGGCACAGGACCAGGCAACGUUUUGCUCUGUCACACAUAAGGUCACCAGGAGUCAGCAACUAACAACAACAGAUACUGUGCAGAGUACCCAGGAUAAAUAUGGCCAGCCACUAUUCUCCCAAGUACCUACCUGAAGUAACUAGCACAGAAAAUUGACUUUAAAAAAUUAACUGGUACCACAAACAUGGUUUUAUUACUUGUACGGGGAGAAAAAGCUUCAAUUUUGUAUUUAAAGAUUUGUUGAGAACUGUUGACAGCUAUACCCUUGUGACGCUCAGUAUUUUCCUUAUCAGUUACUCUUAGUAAUAGCGUGUCACAAAGCUGUAGGAGAUCUUUGGAGAACACUUUCUUUGGUGAACUUGAUUAUUAAUCUUUUUUUGAAACAGUGAAUCUUCUGAGUCAAAUUGUCUUAUUGGCAAGGGGGCCCAGGAUCUUAACGAGAAGCACAGGCAACCCAUCUUUAGUAACACAAGGGAAGGCAAGGGUGUAUGAAGUAGACUGUGGAUGUGGUGGUGAGUUUCUUCAUAGUGGAUCUAGGGAAGCUAGGACUUCAGCAGGGAGUGAGGCUCUAGAGGAGGUGUCAGAGGUGUGACGAGAGACUGGAUGACAUGCAAUGGAUGCUUGUAGAUUAGGAGAGCAGAUGGACUGGGGAAAUAGAGUGAGAUGACCAGGCAGCAUUAAUGGCCCACGUAAGGUGCUUGCUCAUGAGUUUAAUGUGAGACCGGUCUGCAGGGCUGUGUCUUGCUCUCUGGCCACAUUCAACUGCAUGAGUACAGGUACCGGAGUAGGCUGAGUAUUGGAUUUACCAGAGUUGAGGUUGUGGUUUUGGCCAAGUGAGUGCAGCAGUUCAGGGGAGGAACCAAGAGAGUUGAGGAAAGAGGCAGGAGAGUGAUUUUAAUGAUUGACCCAGGCAUUUAAACUGGGUGGUGAGAGGAGUGAAAACAUUUCUGCUAUGAGAGGUAGAAAAAGAGAUGGUGGGAUCAGUGGAUUGUAAUAUCAUCAGUUGAUCAGUGGAUAUAAGCUGGAAAGAUAGAAGUGGUUGUCAGAAGGUGGGAUGGUUGAAAUUGAAAUGAUGGAGGGGUUGCAAGUAUUAGUAAUCAUCCCUAAGGAGAAUGGAGGGCAGGAUCAUUGGAGGAGAGGAGUUAAGGAACCAAGAGACCAGAGAGCUGGAAGAAUCAUCCACAUUGAAAUCACUAAGAUUUAAAAAUAGCUUUAAAGUGGGUCGACAGUCCAUGAUGGUGAGCCGUUUCUUCUUUAAGAAAUGAGGGAACAUGACCCAAGGGGUCAGUUGGUAACUGCAUCAAGGAGGGGUAGUGGGCAGUAUUAUCUGAUGAUCUAAGACUCAAAGCUGGGCAUUUUUAGGGAGGAGAGAGGGAAAAUGCCCUGGAAGUUGCAGUGAGAGAUUAGGAAGAGGCUUAACCAGUGGAUGAGGAGUGUGGGAGAAAAGCAGCCCUAUGUGAGAGGUUAUGGGGGAAACAGAUGUUGAGAUGCAGAUGUUGGUUAGAGCAAGCAAGUAAAGGAAGACUUCAGCAGAACAUUUGAAGAUAUGGGUUUUAUAAUGAAGGACCAUAUGAUCCGUAGGGCACAGGGGAAGUCUUUCGAGAAUUAGGACAUGGGGACAGAAUGAGGGAUGUACAAGAUCUCUAUAGGAACAGGGUGUGGAAGGUAAAGGGUAACUGGGAGUCUGGAGCAGUUUAUGAUGGCCCAUUGAAAACAAGAAUAAAGGGCAUGAUGAGCUUAGUCCUGAGGGUCACCAGGUGAAGGCAAGCCUGUGAAUGAUGGGGCCAGAGAAGGGAUAAGAAAAACUGCUUUUAAAUUCUCAAACACUUCACAAACAAGUGGUUAGAACUUAAAACUGAAAGUAAUCUUAGAGACCUCUCCCUCCUACUUUGUGUUUAGAUUUGAAGAAAUGGAGUUUAAAAAGAGCUAAAUAUAUAGCUACUUAGUGGAUGGAACAAACAUCCGACUCACUGCAGGAGGCCCCUUUCUCCUCUUCCUCUUCUCUCUCCAUCCCUUUUCUCUUUCUUUUCUUUCCCCUAUAGUAUGUCCCUUUUCUUUCCCUCAAAGCUGAUCAUGUGUUUUCUAUCCCUUGAGUCCCGUGGAAAUUCAUGAAGAGUAUAUAUUCCCCUGGAUACUUUGCGUAGUCUCAUAUUUUUAGAAUUCUGACACCUAAAAUGAGAAUUUGUGUGCCCUAUUUCAUCAGUACAUCCAAUUCUCAAGGGUGAUAGAACACAUAGAAAUACUUUUUAAAAAAUCCAUUUAGUCUUUAUUUUUUACAUGAAUUGGCACCAAGUCUUUUUUAUUUUUUUACAGAUAUUAAUAUGUAACAACAUGUUCCUUUCCCAGGUAGAAUUAAUUUCUCGUUUCUCUGUUCCCAAAGUACUUUGAACUGACUUUGGUUGGCCUUUUCUCAUACAGCGUUGAAUAUGGGAGUGCAUUGUUGAGAUGUCUUUCAUACCUCAGUACCCAGUAGUCCAGCACAAUGCCUGGACCCCAGUGGGCAUACCAUCAAUGCUUGUUGAGUUCUUGCUCCCUUUAACAUGGCAGCAAAAUGUUCAAAAUCUAGAAGCAAGUUUCUGAAGAAUACAAAUUUGAAUAGUAAUGGCAAAUGGAGAAUAGGGGCUACGUGAGACUCAACAUGAAUUUGCUUCCUCUGGAAGACUUGGGAGGAAAAUGGGCCCCUUGGGCAGCUUUUCCAAAUAGUAGGAACACAUUUCCAGGGGUGAGUAGGGCUUCAUGCCAAAUCCUCCACAACCUAAGGGGCAAGGACAGAGACAGUGUCUUUCCUGGGAGUCCUGAAUAGCCUCUCCUAAUUUAUGAGGUGUGACCUGGUUUGGAUUACUUUUUAAUGAUUUUAAAAAAUAUUUCCAACUCCAGAAUACUUCUAAAUGAUCAACUAUUUGACCUUCCCUUUGAAAGGUUUAUGUUACUCCCGAGUGUGGCCCAGAUUUAUAUCCUAUCUUGCCUGUGGUCAUUGUCCCCAGAACCUUUAACCAUCACCGCUGUAUACUAUAGGAUUAUGAUUCUUGUCUUGGGCUCUUCUCUUGAGCCCCAGCUGGUUGGAGUUGUAACGGUGUCAGGGUACCCCCUCUUCAGGAAGCCCCCCUUAGCGCCCUGGAAAGAUACUAGGUUCUUGCACCAGCUGAAUUCACUCACCAUUGGUCUACAUUUUAACUUGGGUUCCAACCUGGGCAAGAGAAAAGAUUUCUAGACUUCCCUCCAUAUUGACUUCAUUGACAAAAGCAGACUAGGUGACUCCAGGAUGAGAAGGUCCUCAUCCUGGGGAGCAAAAAUCACAUGUGAGUCAAAAGAGUACCCCUUUGGACUCAGCAAAGUAGGGUUUGACUAGUUCUGAGAGAAGCACUUCUAUUUUCUUGCAGAGCUGAUAGGCCUCUGCUACCUGUAAUGGUUUAUGUACAUGUUGUCCUGACAGUGUUAUUUUCCAUUCCCACAGGCAAUGUGAAGUAGUCAUCCAGCCAACCAACAUUUCCUGAUGUUAACAGUAUUACCCUUCUCAGCAAAUGCCAAUUCCAAGUUCCAUUUAAUCAGAAGCUGCAUGGCUCUGUGAAAUAUGCUGUUGAGUGCGGACUGUGUGUUCUACUGAAGGAGUAAAACACUGACUAUCCAAAGAGAAAAGGAUAUUUUGUUUUUAUAAUAACCAUAUAUUAUUGUUUUCUUCCCUUUCUAUGCAACUGUAAAUUAAUGAACAGAGUGGUAUUUGGAAAUGGUAAUACAUUUGUCACUGAUUUGUAUAAUGUAUACAGCAUUGGGAGCUUGGGUGGGGGCUUUCUAAUACUCUACCUUCUUUUUAAUAACCAUGUCAAAAAUUGCCUAAGAAUUAGAAGAAAAUUUUACAUUUUUACAUUCCUUCUGCUAUUCAUAUUAACCUUGUACAAUAACUUCAUUUAUUUUCUUCACUCUUUUACCAUCACGUUUUGGUUAUUUAUAAUUCAUCAGCCAUAUGACCAAAUAGAUUUCCUAUAUUUGUUUUCAUGAUUUGGCCAAAUUAAUAAGUUCAUAUAUUUCAGUCAACUAUUAUAUAUAUAUGAGGAUUAGACUACAGUUCUGUGUAUACCGUUUAACUUUAUUUGAGAUCCUACACUUACUUCUUUAGUGACCACUUGGAUAACCACAAUAAAAAUCCUGUGGGCCUAAAUGGCAUUUUUAUUGGGAUUUUUUUUCUGUAUUUUAUUGCCCUGCACUAUAUCAGUAGGUCUUGACUUCUUUAUUUAUUUCAUGUCCCGGUCUAUAUGAGAGAGGAGACUUAAAGCAGAAUUAUAAUCUCAAAGGCCCUUUUACCAAAGGUUGCCCCAUUAAGCAUAUUUUUAUUUUGACAUAGAAACAACUUUGUAUACAACCUUUCCUAGGUCCCAGGUCUUGAUUUUCAUCAAUAAAUACACAUCACACCUUUAUGUAAUUGUACUACCAGAGCAUAUCGUUGUAUCAAUUCCCUUUGAGGAUAUUUUUAUCAUUGUUAUGUAUUUUCAAGCCCUUUAUAAUACUUGAAACUCACAGUUACUUUCAUUCUGAAAGAAGAGGUCAACAGAUACAAAUUUCAUGCAUAUCUCAUUUCACCUUUGUGAGUGAAUGAACAGAUGUUUUAUUAUCCCUAAUUUGAUCAACACAUUUGCGAAAGAUGUUUGUCAAAAGCCUAUGUCACUGCUUCUAUAGAAGAAUGAAAUUAAUGCUUAGAUAGUGGUACCCUGCCUAUAGCUUUGAGUACAUUCAAUUAGGUAUUUGGUUCAACUUCUAAUUUAACAUUUAAUAGAUUCAGUUUAAACAUGUUAUUUAAUUACCAAAUGUAAAGAAACCAAAAAAAAAGUCGAAAUAAUGUGUUUUGAUUCCAGUGUCUGUGCUUUUAAAACAUCUUUUGAAAGGACGUCUGCGCUUUGGGUUCUCUUUAGCUGGGAUCUGGCUAGAAGGAGGCUUAAAGUUAGAAAUUGCUAUUCUUUUAGAAUAGGUUGGGUGGGUUGGGGGGCGAGGGUGUCUAUUUGCAGCAUAGAUAUUUUGAGAAGAAAAUUGUUUUAUAUAAGAGGAAAGCCAUGAUCACCUUUCUACCUCAGAGCCAUCUUCAUCCAUUGCAUUGGAAAUAGCUUUAUGCUGCUGUAGUCUGCAAAGUUUAGAGCUUUUAUCAGGCCAUAUCAUACCAAGAAAAGCACCUAUUUAAAGAAAAAAAAUCCCCGAACUCUGAACUCCGAGUUGUAGAUUUGGUGUCUUCCGUGUUCUUACUUGGAGAAGUUCUGGAUUAAUGUUUUCUGCCUGUAUUUGUCUGCAGAGUGUCCACUACUAUUAAGAAACAACUCCUUAAAACACUACAUUGUAACCUUCUUCUGAGUAACAAUAAAUAAAGAGAAAUAUAUUGCAGUAAUGACAAGAGGACAUAAGUAUGUAGUUCUUUUGAAGUAUGUGGUAAAGAGCUAAUCACAGACCGUCAUCUAAUCUGGUUACAUGCUGUAUUUUUCAUCCUGAUUAAAAGGAAUUUUAACAUGAGAUGACUGAUAUUCCUCAGCUGUGUUCACCAAUAGCAUUCAAGUGUCAAAUGUACCUUUAUGAAAAUAAAAUAGCCCACAUCUCGAUAAA